AUGGCCAUCGUGUGGGCGCCCAACCUGCUGCGCUCGCCCGCGCCGCAGCACGCGCUGCAGGGCGUCGCCGUGCAGGCAGUGGUGACGGAGUUUCUGAUCUGCUAUGCCGAGGAAUUGUUCGCGCAGGAGCAGGGCGCUGACUCUGGGCCGGAUUCCUUGGAGCAGGAUCGCGAUACUCAAGUGGAGUUGCGCGGCAACGAGUCGUGUAGGAGGCCGAAGAGUUUACCUUUGAAUCCCCCUACUAAGCUGCUAAGCCUGGAGGAGGCUCGGCGUCGCGGACGGCGUUCGUGCGCGCCGCCCGCUUCAGGAGCCAUCGCUGCCGCUGCCGCUGCCCCCGCGCACCCCGCUCCCUCUCCCUCGCCCGCGGACUCAGCGCACCGCGAACUGCGCCCCAAGGGGCACUUGCAGCCCAAGUACAUCGAGGUUGGUUCUGGACCAAACAAUCUGCCUCAAUAUCACACUGUGUUGGACUUUCCAUUGGCAGGAGGUAAACGUGGUCUGAAGCGGUCACCGUCUGGCUGGCGCGGUCUGUUCUGGCGCAGCAAGCUGCAGCGAGCGCGGCCGCCCGCGCCCCUCGCGCCCCUCACUGCGCCCCUCGCCGCGCCCCUCGCACCUCUUGCGCCACAAACGCAACAGGUCACGCCUCACUGCUUUCUCCUUAUUGCAUACUUCGUCCGCGCCAAGCGCACACCGCACGUGCCAAAUUCAACCUUACUACAUGAUGUGAUAAUGUGUGGGGCUCUACGCCCGGUGAAGUCCUGUGAAUCUCUGGCCUCUGACACCGACACGCUGGCACCCUUGGCAGAGAAAGCCAGCGCUCCUCUAAAGCAUCACACCAGGUCGUCAUCGUGCGACUCGUACUUCGAGCCGUGGCAGGCGGAGCUGGCGCACAUGCGGCUGCGCCUGUCCCCGCAGGAGCGCGACCACCACAUGUUCAGCGAGGAGGAUGCGCAGGAGUCGCAGUGGUCGUCCCCGGCGCAGUCGGGCGGCUGCAGCGCCAGCACCAGCCCGCGGCGGCUGCGCGUGGACGUGCACGCCGCCAGCGAGAUGGCGGACAGGCGCCGCGUAGCUAUGGAGGAGCAAGUGGCGCAGAUGGGAUACAUCGACGUGGACGGCGAAUCGCCGCGCGCCAAGCCCGCGCCCGAGAAGCGCCACGGCGCGCCGCCGCCGCCCGACCCCGACCCCGCCAAGAGAUUGUGCAAAGACCGAGACAGUCCGCAGUCGUCUCUCCCGGACGUCCAGAAUUCUCCCGGGAACGUGAAACUUAGAGAACGCAACUCACCGCGGAAAAGUAAAAACGCCUCGCGCUACAGCGGCCUCCAUCACCCGGUCAUUUCCGACCCGGAUAAAAACACCCGGCUAACGUGGCACGGGAAAGACGGCCAUUCCACUUUGAUAAAAAUAGACUGGCCCGUUGAGAAUUCGUCAGUCAGUAACUUGACAACGAGCACCAUUAACUCUAGUCCACUCACUCCCGUCACGCCCGUAUAUGAUCCUCUCGAAAGUGACUCUGAAGUCAGCGAGAACAAACACACGAUCAAAAUAAAAACCACCGAUUGCGAUAACUGCGACGAAGAGAAAUGUCUGAAGUGCGAACUCAAAGCGACAGACUAUGAAAACAUGAAAGUGAGCCACGAUUUCUCAGAAAGCAACUUGCACGAUAGCUUAGAAGCUAGUCCAGUACACUCGAUCGACAUCAGCUAUCAGAAUCUUAACAGGCUGUCAGCUGUCUCGACGUCUUCCAACUCUGAGCAGAAUUCGGAGAAAAAGAAAGAAAAUGAGAUAAAAGUGAUGACGUCAUCACACGAAAGUUCAUCAAGUUACUCCAAUGUGAGUUUAACCAAACAAGGGGACGAACUUUACGAAUUCUUCAAUUUCACAAGGCCUAACUACAUAAACCUACAGUCUUCGAGCACGUCCAAAAGUUCCCCCGGAUCGCCAUUAAAAAGUCCGUUAAAAUCCACUAUAAGCAUCACAUUUCGUUCACCUACUAAAUCAAAAACUCUAGACUACGAACCUAUAGACAAUAUGGAUACACCUACAAAUGAAAGGGAUUCGGUUUAUGAGGAUAUUGAUUUGGAAAAGAACUUGUCUAUAGUCGAAGAGGCUCCAGUACCCGAAACGGAUGCCUGCUUGCCCACGCAACAAGCUUGUCAGCCUAAAGACUUCAGUGAAGACUUAAUAAUACUCGAAACCCCCACUGAAACAACGGAAGUUGAUGAUAAUAUAGAUGUAUAUAGUAAAGUUAAGUUCUUUAAGAAGAGCAUAGAAGAAGUCAAUGCUAUGAUUCUAGAGUCACCUGAAAAAGAAAGACACUAUGAAAACGUAUCAUUCUCGGAUACGAAUGAUAAGGAAUAUGAGAAUAUUAACGUUGAUACUCUCAAAAUCUGUGAUAAAGUAGAUAUAAGUGAUGUAGAUGCAGAUAAAAGUUAUCAAGGAGGGGAAUCUGAAACAGUUGAACGCGAUAAUGGCAACGUAAUAAAACCCGAACUCGUGUCAAAGAAUCUCAAUGUCAGAGAACUGGCCAUACGUUUCGAAAGUCCUACCGAGCAAAAAGGUCCUUUCACAUUUGAAAAAUAUAAAACUGAAAUUAAAUACCCAACAUUAGAAAGAAAAGAAGAAGACAAAAAAACACACACAGACAGAAAAAAGGACGUCACUGUAAAAUUACCUCCAUCUGUAUCCCCACAAACGUACAAACUUUCGAAAAAUUCAGCGCGAUCAUUAGACGAAAAUGCGUUCAUUAAGGAAUUUGGUAACGAAACUAAUGACAGGCGUAAAAGUUUAGAAGUUAAAGAUGCAAAUAAGCAGACAAAAAAUCUCCCUGAUAUGAAUCUUAAUACAGAAGAACAAGACACAAAAGUCGAUAGCAUAACACCAACGACAGAAAACAAAAUAUCACUGGUGCAAAGGUUUGAAAUCAAGAAACCAGAUUUGAAAAGUCUUAUAGGUAUAGACACCGAGAAAAAAUUAAGUCGUGAAAGGAUAGAGAAAUAUAAAGAGGAACGCAGAAACUUUUUGCGUGAAAAAUACAGUUCUCAGUCCUUCAGAAGUAACCCGGAGCAGUUGACGCGAAUAAAAAUUAAGAAAGAUCCAGAAGAUAGAACAGAAAUAUGCGAAAGACUGCAAGAAGAUUUACCGAAAUUCGAGCGCCGUAACACAGUAGACUUGGGCCAAAGGAUGAGAUUUUCGCUAGCUAGAAGCACCAACAACUUGGACACAAUUCCGUCACCUGUUAGCCCCGUUCAAGACCUGGACUGCUCCUCAAAUUUAGAGUAUACCAGAAAGAGCGAUGACAGUAAGAGGGACAGCAUACGUCGAGAUGAAAGAAAAGAGAAAGUUUCACCUUCGUACAACAUACGCGACAUGGCCGCCAUGUUCGAGCAGAAGUCGCAUAACAGUAAUGGUUGA